CUGAUGUGCGUGUGCAUGUGUCCAGUGGCCUUGGAGGCGGUAUUUGAGGGGUUAUAUCGCCUGCGCUGGAUGCAUUCCUGGGUUCUGCGAAUUUUCAGUCAACUGCAGCAGGGUACUGUGUACGCCCUGGGAGAUCUGUGAUCUUGCUGGCGUCUGUUCACCAGAGCUUCUGAACUCCCUGGCUGGACCUCAUCUUCCUCUCUCAUCACCUACCGUUUCAACCUCAAGACAUAUCCGCAACCCAACAUGCCAUCCACGCCUUCAACAACGCCUUUCCAACCACCCCCACCUAUCCGCACCUCAACAGUGGCCUCCCAAUCCUCCUCCUCAGACGCCAUGUCCCCUGGUUCCGGAACCUUCUCACCCGCAUAUCCACCCCACGGCAGAGCCACCGUCGCCUCCCCGACAGAAACCAAGUUCUUUGACGCCAUCGUUUCUUGCGUCCGCGGACAUAGCCGCUCAAGAAGUCGUUCACGAAAUGGACGCCAUUCACGGUCACGGUCACGCUCGCCGAUGCUGAAUGCACCUCCCGAGCAACUUACCUCCUCGCCUUCCAAAAGCAGUACUUCCACACAAGGAGCAGGUGUGCGGAAACCGCAACUGCAGUCGAGACAUGCCUCGGCGGGGAGUCACGGGUCUAUACCAGCGGCCGCGAGACCAAGAAAGUCGGAGAGCCCAUUACCCAGACGGACGAGCAGUGAUAUGUGGCGGGGGAGACACUCGAAUGAGUGGUUGUUCGGAGGAUGGAGUGUGAGGGAGACGGCAAGAGAUAUUGUAAGGAGGAAGAGUUAGAUAAGAAAGAGAUUGACUAUCUUGUUACCGCGAUGAGGGCUGCGUGGUUUUCCUGCCUGUGUGGUGUUGGUUGUUGACUGUGUCUUGAUGCCUGGAAGAAAGAUGUACCAUUCCGAGGGCUUGUGCUGAGAUAUGGCAAGGAGAGAUGUAUUUCACCGGACUAAGCCAUUGGAGACAGUCCUGAUGGUUUGAGUGAUGGGUUCGGUUCUUCAUUUUUGGUACAGCUGGGUCUGUCCUUCAAAUUUCCCUGUAUGUAUUCGUUAGCUGGAUAAUGGAGGCUUUUGUUCGCGGAACCAUGACAGCAAUACUCGUACGUCGCGACUUUUUGGAUUCGUGACAAGUUCAAGGGCUGUCAGUGUUCGAGAGGAGAGAAAGGGUUUCCCAACAGGAGAAUACA